UCGGGGGAUGCCUGGACCGGGUGGGAGCGUGCGCCGUGUGCGUCAUCGAUCCGCCUGCUGGUAGCAGGGUGCAAACCAGUGCACACCGUCCGAUCUAGACAAGUACUCGUUGUUCCAUCUAAAAUUGCUCUCGGAGUCUCCCAGAGUCGCCGAGUACGAUGCUCGAGUUAAACGCGCCCGUUGCGUACGUUCUCUUCGUUCUUCUUGGCGUAAACUGCGUUUCAGGAACUGCGGUCAUGAAAAAUUACGAGGCAAAUCCUGACUCGAAAAGAUUGUACGACGAUUUGUUAUCAAAUUACAAUCGACUGAUCCGGCCAGUCAUUAACAACACCGAAACGCUCACGGUCCGGUUAGGGCUAAAAUUAUCACAGUUAAUCGAGAUGAACUUGAAGAAUCAAGUGAUGACGACCAAUGUUUGGGUGGAGCAGAAAUGGUUCGAUUACAAAUUAAGAUGGGAUCCCGAAGAAUACGGUGGAAUUGAAAUGCUCUACGUACCAUCCGAAAACCUGUGGUUACCGGAUAUCGUGCUGUACAACAAUGCCGAUGGUAAUUACGAGGUAACCCUGAUGACAAAAGCCACGCUUAAAUACACGGGAGAAGUUUCUUGGAAACCUCCAGCUAUUUACAAAUCUUCCUGUGAAAUUAAUGUCGAGUAUUUUCCUUUCGAUGAACAAUCGUGCAUCAUGAAAUUCGGCUCGUGGACGUAUAACGGUGCCCAGGUGGACUUGAAGCAUAUGGACCAAGUGUCUGGGAGCAAUUUAGUGCCGAUUGGAAUCGAUUUAAGCGAAUUCUAUCUCUCGGUAGAAUGGGACAUUCUUGAGGUCCCUGCAGCGAGGAACGAGGAAUAUUAUCCAGGGUGUGACGAACCAUAUUCGGACAUCACUUUCAACAUAACAAUGAGAAGGAAGACAUUGUUCUAUACCAUCAAUUUGAUAAUUCCGUGUGUUGGCAUAACUUUCCUGACAGUUCUGGUAUUUUACUUGCCCAGCGAUUCGGGUGAAAAAGUUUCACUGUGCUCGUCGAUUCUACUGUCUUUGACCGUGUUCUUCUUGCUCUUGGCGGAAAUCAUCCCUCCGACUUCUUUGGCUAUACCACUGCUUGGAAAGUACCUGUUGUUCACAAUGAUUUUGGUGACCUUGUCGAUAUGGAUUACCGUUGUGGUUCUUAACUUCCAUUUUCGCUCUCCGUCGACCCAUAACAUGCCUGGAUGGGUUCGACAAGUGUUUCUCAACUGGAUGCCACGAGUUCUCAUGAUGCGACGUACCGCUUAUGCCGCUCCGGAGAAUGAAACUACCUAUCCAGACAGCGGAUACAGCAAUGAAGUCGAGUUGAGCCUUCCAGGAAGUGUAAGCGAUUACCCAAUUGAAUUGAAGGGAAGCCCAGAUGGUUUCGAAAGUAUUACAGCGGCGUACAAAAGCAUUCGGGAGGAUGAAAAUCAGCAUAUACGACACGUCUCAGUUACAGACAGCGAAAAUACGAUACCUAGACAUUUGCCACCCGAUGUCUUGUCUGCACUCAAGGGAGUGCGUUUUAUUGCUCAGCACAUAAAGGAUGCCGAUAAGGACAACGAGGUUAUAGAAGACUGGAAGUUUGUGGCAAUGGUCCUGGACAGGUUCUUUCUUUGGGUAUUCACCCUGGCUUGCAUCGGUGGCACUUUGGGAAUCAUUUUUCAAGCUCCGAGUCUCUAUGAUACGCGAGAACCCGUGGACCAGAAACUGUCCGAUAUUCCUUUGCGUCCUGGGAACUACAUGCUGCCACCCGAGCUCUUCUUUCACGAGCCGUAAACUUAAGAUUCAUCGUAGAAACUAAAUGUUUGCUAAAUGUACGAAAUAUAUGAGAAUGAUGAUUUAUAGGUACGAUACGUGAUUUCCUAAAGGAGAAAAAAUAGGUUUACCCCAUCGGCGACCUGCGAAUCGUUCAUGUCAGGGUUCGUCGUACUGGAAAUUAUCGUUGUACGUUUUACGGUAAAUUAUCACAUUUGUCGCGUUAUUUCUUCUCGUGUCUGCACCUGACGCGAUUUCGUAUACAUAGCAUAUGUUUCCACGGUCGAUGGAAACUGACGUAGACUCGGGGGUCGAUUUUGUAUUUUAGGUAAGAGUGCUCACUUGUUGAGCUUUCAUCUCAUCCGAUUUUGUGUCUUCCUAGUGAAAUUGUAAAAGUAUGGUAGAAAACGUUUUGAAACUUCGCUGUAAUGAAAGUGCGAAGAGUGAGCAUUCCUGUCGGAGAUGCAAAACCGUCC